CCGUGACCGGGAACUCAUGUUUGUCGCGAGAUGUUCAAUCUAGUUCAGCUUUAGCCUUGCCUUGUUUUUUGUUUAUAAAAUGUUAAAAAUAUACGAAUGUUAAAGUAUUUCAAUGUUUUCCGUAUUGUUAGGUUUGUUCAUUGCGAUAUGCCUUGGUCUUUCGUUAUUUUUGAUAUUAUUACUCUUUGUGAACCCUAAAAAAUUUACUAAAACUAUUAAUGAAACUACUGUAGUUAUUGUAAAAUUUGUUGAACUGCAUCGUGAAAGUUUACCUUUGAAUUCUGCUAAUGGUUGGAGUUUAACCCCGUCACAUUGUAGCCUUCGCUGCUGGCAAAAAGAAUUUUCUAUUGAAUUAUUGGGAGCGCCUGUUUCAACUUAUGCUUGCGUAAAAGAAAUUCCUUGUGCUGCUGUGAUACUCUUAAAUGUUAUUGCUGAUGUUUCGACUUGGUCUGAAUGGGAUAUUCAAGCCCCAGCACAAAGCAUCAAUUUGGAAUUACCUGAAAAUCCUUCAUUGCACUUUGACCCAUAUAUGCAAUGUGAUCAAGUUGUCUUGACAUCUUCAAAAUUGAAAGCUAAGCCAGAAGUUGAAAUGUACAGGUUUGGCAAUCUAGAAAGCAAUGGCACUGGUUGGAUUUUGUUGUGGAAUGCUAAGCAACUAGAUUGGACUCUGUACAUUGCUCAACCAAUUGAUAAUUGCUCAGGUAAUGAUGAAAAUGCUUGUGUAUUGACUGUGAUUUGGGGCUGUGAGCCAUUGCAGCACAAUAUGCCCGAGUCCUUGUGCAAAAAAAUUUUGAGCUUAUCAGAAGCUAUCUCAUGGAGUCAACUAAAAGUCCGUCCAUUUCAGUCCUUGAUAAAUACCUCAUCGUUAAAUAAUCCUCAUUUCCCAAGCAUUCACACUGCUUUAAAUGAUCUUCCAAGAAAACCUUGUGUGCUUCUAGAGCACGAAGAUAGACCUAUGUCAUUCCAAAAUGGUGCUUUAGCUGUUAUCGCAGCAUCUUCUGAAAAACCUGUAACUGUAAAAAACCUUACAGGCUUCACAUUAAUGUUGUUCCCAUUUAAGAAGUCUAAUAAUAAUAAUGUGAUUAACUGCGAAACACUGACUGAAGAUAAACGAAAGUCGAGGAGAAGAUUAAAAUUGAGGAGCGAUUCCAUGACAUCAAAUGCUCCAAGAAAGAAGUAUUUGGAAAUUGAGAACAGACGAUCAUCAUCACUUACUACUCCUAUUCGUAAAAGAGCCCCUGAACUCACUGUUACCCAGCCUGAUGAUGAAGGUGUACCUCCAAAACGAGCUGUAAGCCAUUCUUUCCUGAAUGUCCUUUUUCAGCAGCGUCGCUCAUCUGAUUCCUCCUAUCAGAGAAGUAGGAGUCCAUCACCCUGCAGUCCUACAAAACAAAAAAAGAAAGGUUUUUUCAUUUUUGAGAAAAGAUCUUCUCUUUCAAGUCAGGAAGAACUUUUUGGUGGAUCAUACAGGGAUCUUGAUGUAUCAGAUGCAAACGACGAAGACAAGUUCCUACGAAAGGCAUAUGAUAUGGAAAGUGAGAAUGAUUUUAAAGCACUGGGAGAGUUUUCAAUUUCUGCUGUUCUUGAAGAGAAUCUCAGAGCAUCAUUAGUUGACAUCAAUGCACCAGAAGAAGAGCAGAAACGAGCAAGUGGAGGUUGGGUGUGUAAAGAAGUAAAUAAGAGUUUAGCUGUGUUUAAGAAAACAACCCACUUUGAAUCAUGUGUGUUUGUUAGUUAUUUGUGUAAAGGUAUCAUUCCUACAUCAUUUGAAGCAGUUUGGAAAACAUUAUGCAACCCUCUUACUCGUUUUAUGUAUGAUGAUACAGUAAAGAAAAUAACUGUACUUGGGGAAUAUUCUGGAGGGCAAAAAUUAAUUCACAUGUACAACGAAUCUGUCUCGCUAUUAAGAAAGGAAGUACAAGAUUUUUGUGUCCUACAAACAGAAAAAAAGCAAGGAUCUCAAUUUAUAUUAGGUUUCCAUUCAGUAAAAGAUGAUGUGUGCCCACCUAUUAGGGAUGUUGUUCGUGGAACUGUAAGUGACCUUUCACAUUUUUUUUUUGGUGAGGUUUUAAAAAAAUGUGGGGAAAAUAUUUCAUAAUAACAUGAUUGCCUA